AUUAAUCUCCUGCAACCGUUUUUAAUAUGGGAGACAAGUGCCACAUCAAGGCUUUUAUGUGCUAAAACAUGUUCGAAAUUGUCGUGUCUAUCCUUUUAUAUGGAUGAUCAAACUGGAAAUUGUCAGGUGUUUUCUGUUAAUAUUGAAAACCAAUCUGGUAAUAAAUCAAGUCCAUUGGAGCUUUAUCAAAGAGAAGGAACUUGUGAGGACUUCGGAUAUAUUUCCUUGCAAUCAACAAGGAAAUGUUUAAAAUUAUAUGAUACCCAAAUGACGUGGUUAAAAGCCAAUAACACCUGUGCCUCAGCUGGUGGAAAAUUAUUCGGUAUUACGUCAUCUGUAAUGUUUGAUGAGGUUCUAAAUGCAACAUCUCGAAAAGACCCGUCGUUUCACAUUACCUUGAUCGAUGGAACAGAUAUUGAUUCAGAAGGAAAUUGGGUGUAUUCUGAUGGAUCCCCUCUUCUCUAUCAUCUGUGGGAUACUGGCGAGCCCGAUGGUGGAACAGAUGAAAACUGUUUAUGUAUGAUUGGUGAAUUUUUUCACGACGGACCGUGUGACUCAUCCAUGGUUAGAUUUAUUUGUGAGAAACAGUUUACAUUAUCGCUAAAAUAACUUCCUCACUUGGAAAUAUAUGUACAUGAGUAAACAAGUGGGACAAUUUGUUUGGCUGGUUAUAAAAUCAAUAUGUUAUGUAUUC